CGCAUUUUCAGUCCUGGGAUAAGGAUCUGAAUCAUGAACAGUAGGGAGGGGGGUGUUAAUAUAAAUAACCGUGAACGCCAAAAAAAUGCUCCUCGUUCACAUAUCAUCUCAGAUAAUAAUAAGAAUUACCCAGGUAAUGCGAGUCAUAACAAAUGCAAAUUGCAUAAUAAAUGUCAGGCAGACUAUGCCAAUCAGUAUGCCCUGUACAAACCGUGUGCCAAUAUGUCUGUUGUCAAAAUAAACGCAUUUAAAAAUCAGUUUUGUUCCAAAAUGUUAGAUUUAACGAUCAAAGGUGGACUUUUAUCAAUAUGUCUGUAAUACAUUACGGCCUGUUUAUGUAGCCUACUUGUACCACUCCGACUCCAUUUUGCGUAGUCUGCGUUAACCGCCUGGUGUUGUAAUUCACCCUGCUAACACGUGACGACAUCGCGAAAUCCGCACCUUCCCUUAAAUAUUUUGGAACUUGGGGGUCUUUUUGCACUUAAAUGUUGUUAAUUAUACUUGUAACCCAAGAUGGAAGAAGUUACGCCUUUGUUGGUAUAAGGGAACAAAUGGCGCGCUUGUUUGUGCAUUGUGCCUUGUUUUCCUGGAUUAAAUAGUGUAAUUCAAAAAGACACUAAGUAACGGCAUCAGUAUGUGUUUGUUAGGGUUAAAUAAGGACAAAAAAUGACAGGCCGUGCUUAUUAUAGCUCUCACAUAUAGUUAUCACUGUUUUCUGCGAAUACACUAUUGUGAGGCGAGUAUCGUGAUAUAGCCCACAGACGGGGGGAUGGGAAGCAGAGGCGAUUGGCUCGUCAGGCACAGUCGGGGCUUGUUUCAAUGUAACCAGGGGCAGGUCGGCAGAAAGGGAAACAAUCAUUUAUUCAAUAUGAAACUGUAAAUGUUAACUGCGUUAUUGGGAAUCAUGAACUUUUGUAGCUAGACAAUUCGUAAGAAAUGGAAGGAAUCUGGCUUACUAGUCAGAAGGUAAAUUUUUGUUUUCUGAGGGGACCGCCGGUCGAGCAAUAAAGUAGAGAAUGAGCACAAGGUCCUGGCCUAGUGGUAAUGCUGCGGCUAGGAUUUUGCAGAUCCGUUCUCACAAAUCAAGAAAAAAUCACGCUUCAUGUCCAAAUUUAAGAGGGUUUCGGUCGGUUUUGUUGUGACCAAGAUAUAAAUGACAGUGCAGCACAGUGCGUCAAUUUUUUGAUCUGAGUCUACACGUUACUGCUCGUAACGUGACCGGCUGGCGGAGAGGUAGCCAUCUAGCUGGCUAGCAUGAAUUAGCAAGGAUGGAGUCGUGUCCAUUUGAAUUAGACAGAGGAACGGUCCACCCGAGAUUCAUUGGAAUGCAGCGCUAAUUACUCCGGAGUUUCUGGUUCGGUGGUCUCGCUCCAGGCGGAAACCAGAACAGCGCCCAGCUUUUGAGAAGAUACGCCACCGUGCCAUGCAUCUAUCAACAACUGCCCUGAAAGCCACAUCCUCCUAUGCCUACAAGCAGCAGGACGCCCCCUGCUACAGCCCACUGAGGAGACUCCAGCACCUGACCUCCAUGGUUUCUGGUCCAGACCUGGGUUUGGCACACCGAGACUCACAGGGUCGAAGUGGGUCACACACCCAGAAACCUAUGGGGCUGAAAGACCUUGGGUCCACUCUGGCCCACAUAUCACCACCAUUACCUGCCAACAAUGAGACUGGCACCUAUUUGCCAGGACAGGAUUCGGAUGUUAAUGGAUUACCCCUGCACCCACCCGGCUUAUGUCUGGACCGUCCCAGUCAGGUCUCAAAUGGCACCCUGCACUUUGAGUCCACCCUGUUCGAGAAUGGGGAGGAGGAGGAAGAUGAAGAAGGGGAGUUUGAGGAUGACAAAGGACAAGGGAUGGGACUGAAAGGUUUUUUGAAGAAGGAGUGUAAGAGAAAAGUGUCUCCUAGCAGUGCCCCCUGCAGCUCCGGGGUGGAUUUGACGGCUGCCAGACGGGAUGUUGUUGCCUGUGGAGAGAUGGGAGCCGAACGGGCUGCUCCCACACCCAUGGCCUCCAAGGCCCCUCUGGACGAGGUUGAGUUCUCUGACGACUCCUCGGACAGCGACUUCGAGCUGCCCUCGCUGGGGUCUAUCGCUGACUCAUCCCAGGGUGUGGCUGAACCCUGCUCCUCCACCAAUCCUCCCACCAGCCCGAGGAAGAAGCCGCCCCCCGAGGUGAAGUUCUCGGUGGGGGACCUGGUGUGGGCAAAGUUUAACCGCCGACCCUGGUGGCCGUGCCAGGUGAUCGCCGACCCGCGGGACGGAGUGCACACUCGAAUGAAAGAGCCCAGUCGCAGGCCAUGUCGGCAGUACUUCCUGCGGACGUUUGGGGACACGGUGGACCAGGCAUGGGUCCCUGGCAAGGCCACCUGCCCGUUUGAGGGAGGCCACGAGUUCGACAACCUCCCCGUCCUGCGGAGGAGAGGGAGGCAGAAGGACAAAAAUUACAGAUACACGAUAGCAAAGCGGUUCUUGGAGGCAUGGAAAGUCAGUGUGCUGGAAGCAGAGGCCUUGCUUCCCGAGGCACUGAACAAGGCACUUCCUGCCACACCCACCCAGAAGAACAGCUGUGAGCCAAUCAGAGAGGAGCAGGUCUCCGAGUCUUCACCUGUCUCCAUGACACCCCUGUCUCCAGCUUGCCUUUUCAAUGGAAAAGCACUAACCCCGACAGAGCCCCCGCGACCAAAGGAAGGUGCUGUCAAGAAACCACCAAUCAGGAAGAAGUCCAAAACACCCAGCUCCAAAACGGCUGGACCAGUCCUGAGAAAGUCACCUGCCAAUCAGAUAGAGGCUGGAGACAGCCCAUAUGCUGACAUCGAUUCUGUGCCCAGGAUUUUGUGUCCCAAACCAGAGAAGACCUCAGAGAGGGACCCCCUAUCAGCCCCAUUGCCCCCUGGGAAAGGGGAGAGGCGGAAGGCCUUUGGGGCAGGAGGGGAUGGAGAAGGGAAUGGUCUGGUGGUGUCGGGGGCGGAGCUCGGGUCUUUGGAUGGGCCGCUCUCGGGGGGCGGGGCCACAGAGGAUACCACGGCGGAUCUCCAUGACAAUUCCAGGAAAGCCGUGGAAGUGCACUCAGCCUGUCUUCCUGCCAGCAGCCGGCUGAUGACCCGAGCGCUGCGCAGCCAGGAGCAGGCAGACCAGCGGGACAGGGUCCUGCGCAGCCGAAUGCGUGGCCGCAACCUCAGCCCACCGCCCCCUGCACCUGAGGAGACCCCAGAUGAUUCGGCCCCGACUGAAGUGCUUCCUGGCGCAUCCAAGUCCUCACUAUCCACUGCCAGUCCACAGCCCAUCCCUGAGACUACAACUCCCACAAGGUCUUGCUCUCCUUCUGCUUCUCCCCUCCUCAAGUACGCAGACAUGAAGGCCCACAGGGGUGGUGUUCCCAAUGGGCUGCUGAUCAAGCCGGAGGACGAGGGCGGCUGGGGCCCCGCUCACGUGAAGAGGGAGAACGGCGUGCCUGCCGUGCAGGUGAAACGCGAGGGCGGAGCUUCGGACGCCUCCUCCUACUGCUCCUCCUCGCCUCCUCUUUCCCCGAUGGAAGCCUUCCAGGACCUGAAGGAGAUCACGUUCAGGUCCCUGCUGGACGAGGACAGCGGAGCGCCAGGGAAGCCCGUCACCUUCCGGCCCGACGCCAACUACAAGUUCAGCACCUUCCUGAUGCUGCUGAAGGACGCACAUGACAGCCGGGAGAAGCGGGGCGCCCCCUUGAGCCCGGAAGGGGAAGCGCGGGGCCCGACCCGCGCUCUCAUGAAGGAGGAGCCGUCCCUCAUACCGUCCUCCACCCCAACAGCAGACCAGAGGGCCGGAAUCUGGACCACAGCAGAUUCCAAGAAGGUUCCGGAACUGAAGCCCAAACCCAAGAGGGUGAGACACAGGCCCAGACCCGCCCCCAAGAAGAAGGUCUCCAAAUACGAGGGGGACCCCGUGUUCUCGCCCUCCAAGUACUCGCGGCCCAAGAGGCCCCGCCCGUCGGAGAGCGGGCGGGCGGGCGCGGGCGGCGCCGUGCCGGCCGAGCUGGCGGAGCACGCGUACGGGCGGGGCGGGGCGGACGGGGGAACGGGCGACUCCUCGCUCGGCGGAUUCUUCGACGGCGCCCACGACGGCGGCGUCCACGGGAGGGCCGUGGGCGUGGCACCCAAGAAGCGCUGGCUAGAGCAGGGCGGGUUGGAGAUGGAGGGGCGGGCCGGGGGGGUGGAGCCCCAUGCCGAGGUGCCUUCGGAGCAAGGCGGAGCCUCCCAGUCAAAGAUGGAGGCGGGUGAACUCUCCCUCUCCCGAAUCCCUUCCACGGGGGGAGAUGCACCAGCCGCACAUUCCGAAAAUAAACGUCUCAGAAAACCAAGCAAAAGACUGAUAGAGUGCACAGAGGAGUAUGACAAGAUCUACGCCGUGAAGAAAAAACCCAAGAAAUCUACUGAGGCAUCUGGGACGGACUCUGACCUCAGCAGUACAGAACAGAUCACAUCUGGGAAAGUGAUGCCAAACCCACUGAACUCGCUGCCAGAGAUGCAAACUCCACCCCCCGAGGAGCAAUCCAAGGCUGCUACUGGACCAGCCCCUACCGUCCUGGAACAGACCCCUCCCCAGGAAGGCCAUGCCCCGCCCAUUGACACACUAACCCCGCCCCCUGAAGCUCCCUCUCCUGGUACGCAUCACUCUGUGGAAUCUGCGCUCCAGGACAAGAAGAGGCAGAGGAAGCCUACCAAAAAGCUCCUGGAGAGUACGGAGGAGACAGAGUUUCUUACUGUCCCAACCAAGAAGGAGUGUAGGGAUCCAGGAGAGGACUCUGAGAGCCAGGACAGUCAUGAGGUACUGGAUGAGGUGAAAGAUGUGGCGAAUGAAGUGCCUGAUUCCAGUUUGCCGUGGCAUGCUGCUUCUGAAGAUAAACAGGACAGCGCGCAAGGCCUGCAAAGUUCCUCUCCCACGCCCCGCAGGGAGAGCCUGGAGGGCGGGGCCACCUGGGACUCCCUGUGUGGGACAGAGGGGGAUGGUGAGGGAACGCUGGACUCGGAGGGCUUUUGCUCGGGGCGGGAGGACAGCAUGACCGGGGUGAAGGAGCCAUGUCUGGAGGACGGGAUGGCCCUCUGUAAGAGACCCCCGGGGGAGAAAGGGGGCGCCGCCUCCAUGAAGGAGAACGUGUGCCAGGUGUGUGAGAAGACGGGGGAGCUGCUGCUCUGUGAGGGUCAGUGCUGCGGGGCGUUCCACCUGCAGUGCAUCGGGCUGGAGGAGACCCCCCAGGGCCGCUUCAUCUGCAACGAGUGCAAAACGGGUGUGCACACCUGCUUCGUGUGCAAGAAGCCUGGCUCGGACGUGAAGCGCUGCAUGAUCCCCGUGUGCGGAAAGUUCUACCACGGAGAGUGCAUCGCCAAGCACGCCCCCACCAUGGCCCAGGGGCGGGGCUUCCGCUGCUCCCUCCACGUCUGCCUGUCCUGCUACAUCACCAACCCCGCCAACCCCUCCGUCUCCAAAGGUCGACUGACACGGUGCGUGCGCUGCCCGGUGGCGUACCACGCUAAUGACUACUGCAUGGCAGCCGGCAGCGUGAUCCUGGCCAACAACAGCUUCCUGUGUCCCAACCACUUCACCCCCCGCCGAGGCUGCCGAAACCACGAGCACAUCAACGUCAGCUGGUGCUUCGUCUGCUCUGAAGGGGGCAGUCUCCUGUGUUGCGAGUCCUGCCCUGCAGCCUUCCACCGCGAGUGUCUGAAUAUCGACAUGCCUGAGGGCAGCUGGUUCUGCAAUGACUGUCGAGCCAGCAAGAAGCCCCAUUACAAGGACGUACUGUGGGUCAAAGUGGGCAGAUACAGGUGGUGGCCCGCAGAGGUCACUCUCCCCAAAAACGUGCCUGAGAACAUCAUGCGUAUGAGGCACGAUGUGGGGGAGUUCCCUGUGCACUUUUUCGGCUCCAAGGACUACCUGUGGACCUAUCAGGCCAGAGUCUUCCCCUACAUGGAGGGAGACGCCAAUAACAAGGACAAGAUGGGGAAGGGAGCGGACGCCAUCUACAAGAAAGCUCUGCAUGAAGCUGCUGCAAGAUUCCAGGAGCUGCAGGCAGAGAAAGAAAUGAGGCAGCUGCAGGAAGACCGAAGAAAUGACAAGAAACCCCCUCCAUACAGGCACAUAAAGGUGAACCGGCCAAUAGGAAAGGUCCAGAUCAUCACGGCCGACCUGUCGGAGAUCCCGCGCUGCAACUGCAAGGCGGCGGACGAGAGCCCGUGCGGCCUGGACUCGGAGUGCAUCAACCGCAUGCUGAUGUACGAGUGCCACCCGCAGGUGUGCCCGGCGGGCGAGCGCUGCCAGAACCAGUGCUUCACCAAGCGCCAGUACACCCCGGUGGAGAUCUUCCGCACGCUGGCGCGCGGCUGGGGGCUGCGCAGCAUCACCGACAUCAAGAAGGGCGAGUUUGUGAACGAGUACGUGGGCGAGGUGAUCGACGAGGAGGAGUGCCGAGCUAGGAUCAGACACGCCCAGGAGAACGACAUCUGCAACUUCUACAUGCUGACUCUGGACAAGGACCGGAUCAUCGACGCCGGGCCCAAGGGGAACCAGGCCCGCUUCAUGAACCACAGCUGCCAGCCCAACUGCGAGACCCAGAAGUGGACGGUCAACGGGGACACGCGGGUCGGGCUCUUCGCCCUGGUGGACAUCCCCGCAGGAGUGGAGCUCACCUUCAACUACAACCUGGAGUGCCUGGGGAACGGCAAGACCGUGUGCAAGUGCGGCGCCCCCAACUGCAGCGGCUUCCUGGGCGACCGACCCAAGAACCAGCCCUCGUCGGAAGACAAGAACCGCAAGUUUAAGAGGAAGAUCCCGGUGAAGAAGAAGAGCAAGCUGGAGGUGCAGAGGGAGCGGGAGGACGAGUGCUUCAGCUGCGGGGACGGGGGCCAGAUCGUCUCCUGCAAGAAGCCGGGCUGCCCCAAGGUCUACCACGCCGACUGCCUCAACCUGUCCAAGAGACCCGCGGGGCGCUGGGAGUGUCCGUGGCACCAGUGUGACGUGUGCGGGGGCGAGGCGGCCUCCUUCUGCGAGAUGUGCCCCAGCUCCUUCUGCCCCCAGCACCGGGAGGGCAUGCUGUUCAUCUCCAAACUGGACGGCCGGCUGUCCUGCAGCGAGCACGACCCCUGUGGUCCCGACCCGCUCGAACCCGGAGAGAUCCGCGAGUACGUGCCCCCCCCGGGCCAGGCCCCCCCAAAGCCCAUGGGGGUGCUCCCGCAGCUGCCCCCCCUCACCGCCGGCGCUGCCGUCACCCCCUCUAUGACCUGCCCCUCCCAGCCUGCCCCUAAACCGGCCCUCGGCCCCGCCCCCCCACCCCUCUACAUGUCUGACUCCUCCUCCAGCGCCCAGAAAUGCCCCGCCCCCAAGCGCGAGAGCGGCGGAGAGGUCGACAAGGAAGAUGGCGAGGGGGAGGGGCUCGAAGAAGAGGAAGGGGAGUUGGAUGAAGAGGGGGAGGAGUUUGGGGAGGAAGAAGAGGAGGACGAGGAAGAGGAAUUUGAGGAAGAGGGUGAUGCUGAGGAGGUGGAAGAAGAGGAGGGACUUGAAGAGGAGGAGGAGGAGGGGAUAGAUGAAGAGGGGGAGGGGCUCGAUGAAGAGGAUGGGUUAAAUGGAGAGGAGGAGGGGCUUGAGGAUGAGGAUGAGGUGUUUGACAAAGAGGGGGAGGGGUCUGAGGAUGAUGCUGAUCCUGACGGGGCGGACCUAAAGGACGUGGCAGCGGAGUGAAGUGACCCACCUCAGACAGCCGGACCAGCAGGGGGAGCUGGCGAGGGGAAGUGGAGCGUGUGCAUGCGGGCGCAGAAGGGACGCACAUAACCGCGCGCUGACUGACUGACUGCUGCCCGAAAGGGGCGGAGCCGCUGCUGUCUCAUGUUCUCACGCAGACGUUAUUUGUGUCUGGUGCUGUUUAUCGUUCGUUUCUUCACAUUUCUAUUUUUUUUUUUUCCUUUCACUCGUUUACAUUUAAUCAUGUUCUCUCCUCCGGAAAAAUGAUAAAUCCAUGUACAGAAGGCGGAAACCCCUUCAGGCACGGCCAGAAUCAGGCACAGGGCCGUGCAUGAGGGAACGAAUCAUGGCCACGCCCUCACCACGGUGACCGUGACCGGAACUCGGGGACCACCGCACAAAUCCCACAGAACACUGGGCCCUGAGAUGAGGCCCCCCCCACCCCAAAAUAAAAAAAGCCCCCUUUUAUUAAAAAGCUUCCCCUCGGAGCACAGAGAAGACGCUACAUCUGAAUAAUUUAGCUGACUAAGCUUUGUUUUUUUUAAAAACCUGUCCAGGUGUGUGUUUUUUUGUUUUUUUUUGUUUGGUUCACUUAAAGCAUCUGCGCUUUGUCAUGUUUCAUCGGUGUGGAUGGGGUCUUUGCAGAGUGCCGUGUACACACACAACCUGAAGUAAUCCCGUGGAUAGACAUCCGAUAGGGCAAGUCAGACCUAAGGGAGUAGAUCUGUUCAGAACAUGCAAAUUUAGAUGGGACAGCAGAUUUACCACCCCCGCCCCCCCCCGCCCCACUUCACCAUUCCUGUCUGUGGCGCCACCUGCUGGCUCAUAACAGAUAACGCACAGAUGGUACAAGAGGGCCCGAUUUGGAGGACGGCCGCUGCUCUCCGUGACCGUGCCUCUUGCACCUCCCUCUUUCCCAACGUUUAUAUUUUGGCUCCAAACUGAGACCCCACCGGUUACCUCCGUUACCCACCUGGAGCUUUGAGUUUUUAACCAUUUUUUUUUAAAGGACGAGAUCCAAUCCUAUGGUUCCGUAUGAACUGAUUGAAAAAGGAAGGACUCGUGUGUCACUGAGGUGCUGCUUGGGAGCUCCCAAAUGUCUGAACGUCCUGCGCUGUGUGAAGCUGGGCCCUCCAUGUUCUCAUACAUCUAAAACCAGGCCUGUUUUUAACACUGGUUUUAAGCUUUUAAACACAUUGCCUUCCUUGUGUCUGCCCCAGGGUAGGGUUAUUUUCGAAGGGUCAAUAACACGUGUGUGUGUGUGUGUGUGUGAGUGAGUGUGUGUGUGUGUGUGUGUAGCGGAUUAGUGGUGCAGAGGUCAGAGUUGAGUCUACAACGAAGACAGCGGUAAAGUGUGACCGUUUUGUAUCUCUGUCUUUUGACCCUGUAUGGUUCCAGUUUUAGUAUACGUGCUGCCGAAGCGAGCUUCCUGUUUGGCUGAGCAUCACCUACGUUUUCUGAGCAGUGUGUCACCAUGCAUCGUUAUCACGGAGCAAAGUCUGCAGGUCAACAUUUUUGAAAGGAAGGGGGAAUUUUUUAGAUUUUUUAAAAUAUAUAUAUAUAUAUAUAAUGUGGAAUGUACUGUAGUUACUGAAUAAACCAAACUGACUUUUCGAUUGGCUUGGGAUAUCGGGAACGACAUACACUGCGCCCUCUGCUGUUGGCUGUGAGAAACGUAUUGUUACUUGAAGACCGGAAAGAGAACAAUUCUACCCUACCUAAGAGGAUACUAUCUCCCCGGAACAAAACGCUGUUCGGCUGAAGCAGAGCAUGAUGGGACGCAGGAAGAUGGGUUAUGUGAGUCAAGGGGGACGUUCUGUCGCUUUCCACAGGCAUCCAGCUCAGAUCUGACGCGGACAAAGGUCAGACCCAGCUCCUGAUCAGCACAGUGUAAAAACAAGUCUGUGUGCACCUGGUGGAGCCCAAGUCUGCAGGUAGCCCAUAGGCUGUGUUCUCCUAGAGUACAGUGAAGUGCCAUCGCUUUCAGGGGAGCUUUAUUCCACAUUAUUUCAAACGGGAAAAUGGUGUUCGUCAACUAGUGCAGCUAUGAUGCGAUCAGGCAGUGUUGCAUUUGUUGCAAGUCAUGGCUGUUCCUGUUUGGGAUUUCUAACCCCUUAUCAGUACCUGAGAGAAACUCAGGAGCUCCAGCACUACUUAUGUGGGGUGGGGGGGGGGGGGGAGGAGAGUGCCAAUUCCUGCAAUUUAGCCAACUGACCUGAAACUGUCCUCUGUGGCUGUGUGUCUGUCACAGUACUGAGCUGCUGCUGGGUACUGGCGUCUCUGAAACUCUGUGGCCCACUCCAUACAACCUGGACGCUUUAAAACCAGUGUGAUUGGACGAUGGGUGGAUUUUGUGUUUUCGGCCGUUUGAUUGGACAAUGGACUUGUGUGACUGGCCAGUGGGUGCAACUGCAGAGCCAAUCACGGACUGUUCUUUUCUGUAACCAGUCUAGCAGAACCGCACCGCUUUCUGUGUUUAUGCGUGCUUUUAAAGGGGUAGUUCACAAUGGGGUUUUUCCAAUAUAAUUUCAGUUUUGGUAAAGUCUUGACUGGUGCAGACAGUUUUUGUGUACGGUGAAGGAUAUUUUAGAUAUUUCCGGAAGUUUCACAAUAAUUGGUAUGGGGGCAUUGAGGAGUAUGUGGUCUAAAGUAAGAAAACACAUUUCAGACUCUAAAACUUCUAAAAUGUUGUGUGUCCAUGUACAUGUGUAUAUUACCUUCAGAAAGUUUUAUCGUAUUUCUGGUUAGAAGAAUUUCUUAUGGCAGGAACAACCUGAGACUCCUAUGCUCAAGAAGAGAAGUGCCAGUAAGAUGGUUUUUCAAAAUGUUUCUGUGAAUGAACACUAUAAAAUGAAUAUGUUCAUAUGUGCAGCCUCUGGAAACAUCGCAUCGCUGUACAAGCGUUGGAGUUAUUUGAAGUGUAUUUUCUUGCUUUAGAACACAAACCCCCUAAUGCCUCCUAUAACAAGCCAUUGUAAAGCCAGGAGACCAUCAAAAGUUGACGUAAAUCUUUCAUCACAUGCCAAAACUGUCUAGGCCAGUUGAAAACAUGCACUAAAAGUGAAAUGAUACCAAACCCCCCAGAAAGUGAGCUGCCCUUUUAACACAUUUAUGAUGUUUUCCAGUGUUUCUUUUUUUAACUCGUCCUUCCCUGCUGUACUAGCUAAAUACGUGUCAGCAACCUCUGUGCAUCCAGCCCCUCCCAUCCAGACACAAGCAGUGGUCUGUUAGCAGAAUUCUAACAAGAAGAUAAAACUGCAGCCUUGAGAUGAAUCCUGAACUGUACUGUAGUCCUUUGUACAUAAUUACAAAAAAACAAAAACGACAAAAAAAACUGUAAUUAAAGUAUCACACAGA